CCCGGCAACAGCUCGGCCAGCGGUGCGGUGGCACGCGCACUGACACGUCCACCGAGUCCGACUUUGACUUUGCCCCUUAACAGGCGACACUCGGAGUGGGCUCCAAGUUGCGGAGGGAAAGAGCGUCGUGAUUUGCCGUAAAUGUUCGUGACGCCCGAUUGCCAUGGAAACAGUGCUGCUGUGUGGAGGAGAGGCAAAAGUGUGCGUGGUGGCGUUUUAACCUCUUUUGAAACAGCUCCCGUCAACCUGUUGGACAGAUCUUAAGUGACUUCCCCCCCCCCCCCCCCCAUCUUGCCUUUCUGUGGUUAUACUUUCAGUUUUAAUUUGGCAGGUUAAAACAGGCAAGCAUGACGGAGCCCCAAACCCAGAAACGAUUCCACAACUUGACCCUGGAGCAGCUCCAGGCUCUGGAUCAAGUCCUGACCGAGGUCAUUCCCAUUCACGGGCGAGGGAAUUUUCCAACACUGCAGGUGAGUGCCAAAGACAUCAUCCGCGCGGUGAAGGACCGACUCGUGGAAAGAAACAUCCGGGUCAAGGACAUCCGCCUCAACGGAGCCACCGCCAGCCACGUCCUGGUGAGGGACAACGGCCUGGGCGUCAGGGACUUAGACAUCAUCUUCGGAGUGGAGUUGCCCAGGCAAGAGGACUUCCAGGUGAUCAAGGAGGUGGUGCUGGGCAGCCUGCGGGACCUCCUCCCGUGCGGAGUCAACAGACGCAAGAUCACCUGCCUCACGAUGAAAGAAGCGUACGUGCAAAAGAUGGUGAAAGUGUUCAACGAGCACGACAGAUGGAGUCUCAUCUCUCUGUCCGACAACAGAGCCAAAACGGUGGGCCUGAGAUUCGUCAGCGUCCUUCGCAGGCAGUUUGAAUUCAGCGUGGACUCCUUCCAGAUCGUUCUGGACCGCAUGCUGGAGUCCUACUGGGAGACCGACCGGAGACGAGCGAGGAAGUUGUGUUCGGAUGCUCGGACGUUGGCCGCAAAAGACGGCCCGGGGGGAAACCAAGCGAGCGCGCAGUCGAGCGUCGCGCGGGUCGACUCCGACACGGCUUCUCGUGCAGAGACGGCGCGUCGGAGUGAAGCUGUUGAGGAAAAAGAGCUUCCUCGUGCAGAGACUGAAAAUUGUGGGGGACAGGAGGAGUUAGCGUCUGAAGAUGUCGAUUUCAAGCUGAAAUCUCAACAGGAAGAGCCGGAAGUAGAAGUACAAUCAGAAGAGGACAUUGUUUUGGAGCCAAGUGACGACAAGGAGAAGUUUUCUAAGGGAUCUCCAGGGGUUUCAUCUUCUCCAACGUGUGCAUCUUUAAAGCUGCAGGUUCAAGAUGAGGCCUCUCAAUCGUGCGUCUCCAUUACAGCGUUGGUCAAUAAGUCCCUGGCGCAAGAUUACGUCCAAGUGGAGUCUGCCAACUCCGGCCUGCGAGAGUCCCAUCACGAGUUCUCCUCCCCUCCCCCGGCGAAGAAAACCUGCAGCACGUCACCGGAGGUUGUCCCAGACUUCUGCCCCUCGCCCAAACUGCAACGAAAAAUGUCCCGCAAGCUGAUCUGUCGUCCUGAAAAAUGGUCUCUGCUCACAGAUGCGUCGGAUAUGACCGCUCAGCUGUUUCCCCCCAUCGAGAUACCCGCUCAGAUGAAAUCUCCUCCGCAAGACGGGGCUCAUGGAACAGCUUCCUCACAGAGGAGCACGGCAAAUGUUUCAGGUGCGGCCAGCGCACUCCAGGCUGCACCUGAAACCAAUCGGGCUUCUGAGCCGACCGUGAAGCCCAAACAUUCCGAGAAGCCUCCGGAUUGUGACGCCGACAAUGCAGGAGCGCCUCAGGGAGACCGUGCAGAAGCUCCCGCCCCCAGCUGCGGAUUGGGCUCGUGGGCUUCCUGUGCGGCCGUGCAGGCGCAGUGCAUGUACGGCGACUUUAACCAGGCCACGGAGCACCUGCGGCGGCGCAUCAUCGCCACCCACCACCCGGAGGAGAUCCGAGGAGGGGGCCUGCUCAAAUACAGCGACCUCCUGGUGAGGAACUUCCGUCCGGCCAGCGAGACGGAGAUCAAGUCUUUGGAGCGGUACAUGUGCUCGCGCUUCUUCAUCGACUUUCCCGACGUGAAGGAGCAGCAGCGCAAGAUCGAGGCCUACCUGCACUGCCACUUGACGGGCAGCGAGGAGAGCAGCAAGUACGACUACCUGAUGACUCUGCGGCGGGUCAUCGACGAGAGCACCGUGUGCCUGAUGGGCCACGAGAGGAGGCAGACGCUCAACAUGAUCACCGUCCUGGCUCUGCGGGUGCUGGGAGAGCAGAACGCCAUCCCCAACGCCGCCGAAGUCACCUGCUUCUACCAGCCCGCCCCUUACAUGAGCGAGCCCGUUUACGGAAGCUACGUCAUCGCGCGGGCCCCGCCUUCGCUCGUCUAUCACCCCUACCCGGUGCACGUGCAAAGCGCCCCGGUGUAGCCACGGCGCUGUGCCCUUCUGGGAGGCGGGCGGGCGGGCAGCUUUCCGGCACUCAGGCGGGUUUUCUUUGAAAACACGAGGGACCCCCGGGCACAGCGUCCCGUAAUGCGUUGACUUCCCACCUUGGUCAGGACUGAGCGCGGUCCAAAGGCAAAGCAUGUGCGCCUUUCGAUGUUGGAGACUUUUGGAAAGGAAAGAAUUGCAAAGUGGAUGUUCGGACACACAGAGCGCAGAGAAGGCUUGUAUGGAAAAGGUUCUUGGUUUUCUUGAAUCAUUCCCCAACACAGAACAUCGAAUAAUUCUCCAUCACGUACGGGACGCAAACAAUCGAUGAAGCCAAACGGAUUUGGACGUUCGGAAUCAUUCGCUCACCUCAAAAAAUACAAGUAGCACCAUAAUGACCAAUACUGAAAUACGGUGGCAGUGUUGGAAAACAUUUCAAAAUGCUUAAGUAACCCUAGCCAAAAGGGACACGCAACUGAACUCUACUUACUAAAAUGUACUGUACUAGAUUAAAAAAAACGGUAAAAAUCCACUGCAAUAUUAUGCAGUUGAAACCUUUCAUUCGGUGAUUCUUUCACAUACCACUGGAGGGAGCCCAGGUACCACGAGCGGCACUUGUACCUCACUUUGAGAAUUACGGCGGGACUAGCUAGUUGACUCAUCAAAUUCCAAAAAGAAUUUGACACAGUGUAUGUUAACAUCUGCUUUCAACUGUGCAUUUUUUUUUUUUCUUUCGUAGUGCCCAACGUUGUUGACGACUUCGAGAUGCGUCGCAAAAUGUCCCGGGCCUAGCGGAUAGACGGCGAUUCCGAACACGGUCAGCAGCUGUUUCGUGAAAUGUUACCGAGUGGUUUUACUCUCAGCAUGUGACGUUAUUCAACGUGUCGAAAUGUAACACAAUUAUCUGCGUGUACGCGUAAAGGUUUAAGUGUGCCUAGGAUUGCAAAUGUUCACUUUCAGUGGGAAUCGACUGGAAAUUUGCAAAGCGGCUAGUUAUUCCACAGUAGCAUGCGUAUAUUAAGAAAACUCUUUUCAACUCACAGAAUAAUCUUGCUUGAGAGACUUGGAAAUGCGACGUUAUAACCCCACAAAAUGAUGAUAGUACAUUCCGAGACUUUUUUUUGCUCUAUUUAGUACGAUUCCAUUUUAUGUAUAAUGAUGUUAUAUCAAUUAUAUAUUGUUACAACGUUUCAUUCAUUCAGUCAUUGACCCUUUACUGAUUCUUGAGGCUUGUGGUGCCAAAUAUGGUUCGUCAUAUUUGCAUUUGUGUUGUUGUUGUUGUUGUUGUUGUUAUUUGUCGGAACGUGGCUAAAGUCAGUAUCAAACACACUGAAAUAUAAACGCCAUUACCACUUCAUCUUGAAUUGCCAUUGGAAAAUGUCCAUCUUUGAAUAAUUCGAAAGCUAAAUCUUGCAAGCGCAGAAGGUUUUUCACUCCAUUUGCAUAUAAAACGUGUCAAUUGCAAACAAACAUCUUCCUUUAACUGACUGAAAUGAAAUAUCUGAAGUCCACUUAAGAUUCAAUAAUAUGGCAAAGGGAGAAUUUGUAUGCUACACUGAACUGUUUUGUCCCUAAUCGAGUAUUAUACAUUUGUAUUCUCAUGUUGAAAGAUUUGUAUUUGGUUCCAAAGAUCCCAAGUUUUCCAUGUUUUCGUGACGUGACGUUGCUCCCUGGCGUCAAGCUCGCAACGCUGUGAUGUGUCUUGGCUUUUAUUUUGAAAGGUAAUUGCUGAAUGAUUGGAAUUAGGUCGCCGUGUAUUACAUUUCUAUAGGACCGCUCCAUUCGGACGGCCGCUUUAAAAGAAUGUGAUCAGCUUUAAGUGUGCGCGACGAGCUGAGCAGAGUUGGCUUGCAGCGGAUUUUGCGAGCGUCACUUGUUGGAAUUGUGCAAACAUGUCAUCUUGUUAUCUAUUACGAUGUCGUGUGUUUAAAUGUGCACAGAUCAUGUCGACAUUCACUGGCCACGAUGUUAGGUCAUGGAAAAUAGUGACAACCAAAUAUUAGAGUACACAACUCUUGUUCAACUUAUGGCAAGAAGGGUUUUGGUGGGGGGGGGGGGAGAAGCUGCUUGUAAUACAUGUAAAAAAGUGAAGAAACAUUGCUGUUUUGGUAUCUAUUUUCUGCCAAAUUGAAAAGAACAAAUCCAUUUAGCGAGCCGCAUGAAGUGGACACACUUUAUUUGCUUUAUUGGGUCACAAAAACAUUAUGUGCUUUCCAGUAAAUCAUCGUCGCUAAUGUUGCGGCUGCUGCGUUUUUCACUAUUAAGUACACACAGAUAAAAGGAGGGGGGGAAGAAAAGACAAAGGUCGUUCACACUUUAUCUGAGACUGAAGCGCAAUUUAAAUGCACGGUGGACAGAAAAAGUCUACACACCCCCGUUCAUGGCAGGUUUUUGUGAUAUAUAUGCAAAUCAUUUCAAAACCACGGAUGUGACCUAUAACCUGGAUUACAUUCUAAUCUUUGAGAACUGCGAGAAUCACAUUCAAAGCCAUUUGGAAUGGGAGUCAGGACAAUUUAUGAGGCCUCUGAUUUAUCCCAAGUAAACUUCAACUGUUCAAGUCGAAGCCAGAAGCUUUUGUGCUAACUCUGACUCGUAAUUUCCACCGUUCAUAAUUCCUUCCACCUUGACCAAGAACCCAGUUCAGGUAUGGUGUUUUUUUUUUUUUGGGGGUUAUGCGUUGUGGUCUCAUUUUGUUUACAUCACAAAAUCCUGGCAUUUGAACAGGGGCGUGUGAACUUUUUAUAGCCAUUGUAGAUAUAGCUGUUGUGUUGUCCUGCUUGUGAUUCUCAGAUGCAAUAUUGAAUUGACAAUGUGUGCAACUAUGCGGUUUUCCAACUGUUGUGAUAAUCGCCCCAAGAAUCACUCCCAAAACGGACGUAGUGUUUCUGUCCUGAUUUAUCGGUGUCGAGCUACUUGUGUGAUGACGACGA